AUGAAAGCUCCUAGUAAAUAUCCUAGAAAAUAUGCUGAAAAAGUGGAAGAAAUGGCAAGAUUUCUUGUUGUUGGUCACAUCCAGAACGAGGGUGACAGUAUUCACUCCGUAAUAGAAAAGAAAACCAGAAAUGUUUUGAUUUAUACUCCAGAUCAAUGGUCUCUUGCCUUCAAAAUGGCCACGGCUAAUGCAAAACCAUACAUAGUAAAAGAAGUUACUCAAUCUUUAAUUUUUGAUUUUAAGUCGUGUCUUACCUUUUUUGAUAACUGGAAGAAGAACUGUAUUGGAGAGCUUGUGAUAAGGAAUAAAAUUUGUGAGGUUAAUGUUCAGGCCAAAGAUUUAUUUAAGCUCAAUUACAAAUAUACUUUUGAAAAAGAUGCCUAUAAAGCUACACAAUGUGUAAGAAGUAACACACGAACCGCCAUACAAAAUGUUACUAAAAAAUUUGAUAGUUUAGAUGUAGCUUACAAAAGCUUAUUAGCAAUUGGUAAAAAAAUGCAAAGAUCUUCCAGAUCUUUGUAUUUCGACUGUAAUGCC